UAUACAACUCCAAGACGCCUAGAAUUAUAAAUACACUCCACAUUCCUAGCUGAGAUCAAAGUAUUAUUAAGCUUACUUCUCAAAUAAGUUACUUUUGUAGUCUCCUAGCUAAAAUUAUCAUGGGCGAGGAGAGAGGUAGCAUCGCCUUCUUCACAACUUACCGUCCGCCCGUGGCCUUAGAUAUCUUCUGCACCUCAUUUCCACAGUUCAAAAAUGAGGUGAAAAUGACCGACGAGGUAUCCUACAACUACAAUGGCCAUUCCAUCCCACCCGCGGCUCUCAAGACUCUGCUCAAGCGUCCUCUGUUUGUGCACCACGGGAUCAACGAGGCUGACGUUGAUUCGGGCCGUGUCUCGGGGACCAUCUUCGUGUCCGAGCGAGAGAGCCUGGAGACAUUUCAUGUAGCUCUGGACUUUAAGGAUGGGAAGAGGCCGAGAGUGUUUAGUUUGGCGGAUGUUUAUGGGAGAGCAGAUGGUGUGAGGAUGGAGGAUAGCGCUUGCAUUGCUGGCCAGGACGGGGAGUAUUUGGUGUUUGUGUCCACCAAGGAGCCGGCGAAGCGGAGGCGCCAGCCGUGGACUGUUGUGUACAAAAUGAAUCUCGUUACCGGGAGGACUGAGCGCCUCACCCCUUCACUUCAAGCUGAUUUAAGUCCCUCUGUUUCACCAUGUGGAAAGAAGAUAGCGGUGGCAUCAUUCCAGAAAAAGGCUGGUUGGAAUGGGGAGAUCCAAGAUCUGCAGACCGAUAUUUUUGUGAUGAAUAUAGAGAAGCCUUACAAGCGGCAUUUGGUUGUUGAUAAUGGUGGCUGGCCGACAUGGGGAAGCGACAAUAUCAUAUUUUUUCACCGUAAGGCUGCAGGAUUUUGGGGUGUAUUCCGUGCUGAUAUUGGAAAUGGUCUGACACAAAAAUGCCAUCGCGUAACUCCUGACAAUGUGGAUGCAAUGACUCCUGUGGCUAUCGACGCCACCACUGUGGCAGUGGCAAUUAAUCGUCCAUAUUCAAGUUUCAGUAUUGAAAUUCCUCAUGAAAAAGAAAUAUAUCGACACAUUGAAAUUCAUGAUUCGACUAAAACCAAAGCACCAGUGCUGCUUACCCAAUAUUAUAGACCCACAAUCGACCAUUUCAAUCCUUUUGUGAUUAUUGAUGGUGCAAAGAAGCAUAUCGGAUACCAUCGAUGCAUACGUGAACUUCUUAAAAUAGAAGAACAUAACAUGGAAAAGCGGUUCCACAAGGUACUCUCUCCGCAACCAGAUGUAGGUUUGUUCAGAUUGUCAGGAGCCUUUCCCACAUUUUCAAAAGACGGCAGCAAGCUUGCAUAUGUUGGAAAUGAUUUCAAAGCUGUAUGGAUUGUGGACUUUGAAGGAACAGGAGAACCACGCGAAGUAUUUGAGGUUCCUGAUAACCUGGACACAAUAUUCGCACCAAUUUGGAACCAAAAUCCAAAGAAGGAUAUUCUGUAUGUUUGCAUGGGAUCUUCUUUCAACGAUCAAGGAGCAUUGCACAUCUACCACAUAGCCAAUGUCUCAAAAGAAAGAAGGCAUCAUAUGCAGCUCACUACUUCCGGCAACAAUGCCUUCCCUUCCACCAAUCCUGAAGGCACAAAGUUAGUUUAUCGAUCCACAAGAGACUGUAAAAACAAUGAGGGAUACAAGAAUUUAUACAUAAUGGAGGAUUUAGCGUUAGGGGACAGUGUGGAAGAAAAUAUAACAAGGCUAACAGAGGGGAACUGGGUCGACACACAUUGCCAGUGGUCUCCAAGUGGAAACUGGAUUGUAUUCUCUUCAUCUCGCCACAAGUCUCCCACUGCUGCAAAGAAGGAUCACAUGCUUGAUGCCGGAUACUUUGCAAUAUAUCUGGUAGACCCUAAGCAUAAAGACGUGGUGGUACGAGUGCUGGGAAGUGCAGAUGAUCUAGCAGGGCAUGUAAACCAUCCAUUUUUCAGUCCAGAUGGGAAGAGCAUUGUUAUCACCGCAGAUCUUGCUGCAGUUUCUGUGGAUCCAAUCUCUCUGCCUCUCAUCGAGCAUUCUGCAAGGCCUUAUGGAGAUAUUUUCAGUGUCGAUAUUGAUCCGAAUGACAUUAAGAAAAAUGAGAAUGUGAAGAAGUUCAACAGGCUGACACAUACUAGAUAUGAGAAUUCAACUGGUACUUGGACAACGUUUUCAACUCAUGACACAAAUGCUGUCUGGAAUCGACUUAUAGAAGGAGACAGAGCUUGGGGAAUGUCCGGACACCCUUGCCUUCCCAAGCGAUGUCCAUGAAUUGUCUACAUCUGUAUCUCCUUUGACGAGGCCAUCAUGUUGCAGAGCUACAAAUAUUAAAUAAUGUGAAACUGAAAUCUUAAUAUUAUUUUGUUGGAAGAUGCUUGGUGUACAUAA